UUCCAACAUGAAAGCCUUAUGCUGCUUUCUUUUCCUAUCUGUUUUCUCCAUAAUCUCGUCCCGUUCGUUAAACAACGCCUUCGCAGCUGCCAUUACACGUCGUCACCUAGGCCAGAUAAAAGAAGCCGACCCUCAAACCCCUGAUAUUUUUGAAAUCCGUGUUGAUGUACGUUUACAUUUUCCUAAUUUUAGGCUUAAAAAGGCCUACUAUGCCCUCCAAGAAUGGAAAAAGCUAAUAUUUUCGGACCCGGGAAACAUGAUAAAAAACUGGGAUGGCGUAGAUGUGUGCUCAUAUAACGGUGUGUUUUGCGCGAAAGCACCCGACGAUCCCAAUCUGAUGACAGUUGCUGGAAUCGAUCUAAACCAUGGCGAUAUCGCAGGCCAACUCGUCCCCCAUCUUGGUCUAUUAACCGAUCUUAGCAUAUUUCAUAUCAAUUCUAAUAGAUUUUGCGGGAUUAUCCCAGACAGCUUCUCAAAGCUUACAAUCCUUGAUGAAUUGGACUUAAGUAAUAACCGAUUCGUGGGCCCGUUUCCUAACGUUUUCUUGGAGAUGCCUAAACUCAAGUAUCUAGACAUUAGAUACAAUAAUUUCGAAGGAGAGAUACCAGCUCAACUAUUUGAUCUAGAUCUUGAUGCAAUUUUCUUGAAUAAUAAUCGGUUUAGUUCAGAUAUCCCCGAAAACAUGGGGAAAUCGAAUGCGUCGGUGAUCGUGAUGGCGGAUAAUGAGAUUAAAGGAUGCAUUCCUCAUAGCAUUGGUCAAAUGGCUAUGUUAGACGAGGCUAUUUUUGCCAACAAUCAACUCACGGGUUGUCUGCCGGAGGAACUAGGGUUGCUUGAGCAUACAACGGUUUUGGAUUUGAGUGGAAAUAAAUUUGUGGGGUCAAUUCCACAAGCUUUUGAGAAUCUAAAGUGCCUUGAGAUGAUAGAUAUCGGACACAAUGAGUUGAUCGGUACAGUAGUUGAGGCUAUUUGUACAUUGCCAAAACUGAAGAAUUUUACGUUUUCUCAUAAUUAUUUUAACGGGUUGGAAAAGAAAUGUGAGAAACCGGUAAAACCGGAGGUAGUUUUUGAUUACCGGGAGAAUUGUUUACCGGGGAAACCGGAUCAGAAAGAUGAGGAUAAGUGUUCACCGGUGGUGAACCGGCAGAUUGAUUGUGACUCGUACGGGUGUAAGACGGAGGGAGAGAGUGACGAAGAGGCUAAAAAGAGAAAACCACCAAAGAGGCCGAUACAUCCACCAGCACCAGCACCACCUCUUCCUAGUCCGCCUCCAACACCGGAGGUGCCCAAACCAUCCCCGGUUCCUUCACCGCCUCCCCCUCCAACACCAACACCUAAGCCUAAACCGCCGCCGCCGCUUCCAGAAUCACCUCCUCCUCCUAAACCGCCUUCGCCACCUCCACCACCGGUUCAACCACCUCCGCCGCCACCAGUCCACUCACCACCACCACCUACACACUCACCUCCGCCGCCACCAACACCACCACCACCAUCACCAAUACCCUUCGACGACAUUGUACUUCCCCCAGAAAUCGGUUUUCGCUACCCGUCACCACCGCCACCAAUGUUUCCAGGAUACUAAUGUUUAGAACGUUAGAAUUUGUGUACAUGUCGAACGUUAGUAUAAACUAACUUUGGUUAAGAUACUAACUAGAAACCAAUUCGAUCAUGUGGCCAUUUCCAGGCCAGCUCCAUUGACGCUCCAUUGAUGCAACCCAGUACACAAGAACAAGAUCGAGCUUCCCUUUUAUUUUUCUAGCUUUUUUUACCAAUUAGAUUUAGUGGUAAAUGUUAUGGUCGUUAACUUUAUAGACUUGUGUAA